UCCACGUGUAACAUACACCAUACUUUCUCGCUGUCAGUUUCGCCCUCUAAAACCCACCACCGGCAACCAACCACAGCCACUCUAACCUCUCUUUCAGCAGUCAGCUCUCUCUAUUCCCCAUCUCUCUUCCAUUGCCAAGGAAAUUAAGAAAAAAUUAUCCCUUAAAAAAAAAAUUAUCCAACGACGGAGAUUACUGUGUCUUCCUCAGAUAAUACAUUCCCACCACUUGUCCCUGCGCUUUCCAUUUUUGUGCCUCCGUUUGGCUCCUUUCUCGCUGCAUCCUAUUAUUUCCUCCCUCCCUGAAACGCACGCCACCGGGUACCCGCGAGGAAGAACGUAAAACAGAGCGUAAAGUGAAUGAUCUGUUGUUCUGUUGCGGUGGCCUUUCGGUCGAGUAUUUCCUGAAUCGCCUGCCCUCUCUUCUCGGGGCUGGAUCGGCUUUUCUCUUGAGUUGAUUGAUAAGGAGAAGCAACACUGGCGGUGAUGAGAGGAAGCCUCUUGAUUAACCGUCGCGGGAUGCAGAGAUUCCGGCAACUCGCGAUCACUGUCACUGGAUCGGUUAAGAUCAAGCUAUUACUCUGCUGUUGUAUAGCUUUUACGCUGCUCGCGCUCGCUGGACGCUCAUCGGAUUUCAUGAGAUGGACCAAACCUGCUGAACAGUUCUCUGUUCCAGGGAAAGGAUAUGCUAUUGUAGUUAACACAUGGAAGAGAUACGAUCUGUUGAAGCAGUCAAUUUCCCACUAUUCAACUUGUGCUGGGCUUGAUUCUAUACAUAUCGUCUGGAGUGAGCCCAAUCCUCCUUCAGAAUCUCUUGUUAAGUAUCUUAAUCACAUUCUACUGUCAAAAUCUAAAGGUGCGAGGCAGGCUGAGCUGAAAUUUGAUAUCAACAAGGAAGACAGUUUGAAUAAUAGAUUCAAAGAAAUCAAGGAUUUGAAGACUGAUGCUGUUUUCUCAAUUGAUGAUGAUGUUAUAUUUCCUUGCUCUUCAGUGGAAUUUGCUUUCAGUGUUUGGCAGAGUGCCCCAGAUACAAUGGUGGGCUUUGUGCCCCGUGCCCAUUGGGUUGAUCAAUUGGAAGGGAAAAAGGAUUACUACAUAUAUGGUGGAUGGUGGUCUGUUUGGUGGACUGGUACAUAUAGUAUGGUACUCUCUAAGGCUGCCUUCUUCCACAAAAAGUAUCUUAGUUUAUAUUCAAAUGAGAUGCCAGCAUCAAUCAGAGAGUACACAACGAAGAACAGGAACUGUGAAGAUAUUGCAAUGUCCUUUCUUGUUGCAAAUGCAACUGGAGCUCCACCUGUUUGGGUGAAAGGCAAGAUAUUUGAGAUUGGUUCGACUGGAAUUAGUAGCCUGGGAGGUCAUAGUGAAAGAAGAACAACAUGUGUUAACAGAUUUGUCGCGGAAUAUGGGCGAAUGCCCCUGGUAUAUACAUCUGUUAAGGCUGUUGAUAGCCGCCAUGCCUGGUUCUGGUGAUGCUGUGGAUUCUUCUAUAUUUUGAAUUGCUGAAUUUCCACUUCCCUUUGAGCAAUUCCAAUUCUUUUUAUUUGUAUUAUAGUUCAAUAUAUGCGUUAUUUACGUCUUCUUUUGAGAUAGAAGCUAAUUUAACAUUCUACCUUAGAUUGAUUACUUGUAUACUCACUAUGUAACUAGAAGAUAGUUGCCACAAGUAGCAAUAUAAAUUACAUUUUGCC